AUGACUGGGGCUACAAAUACUUCUAAUUCCAAACAAAGAAACUCUUAUUUUGGCAAAGGCUUCCUUGGACUUGAUAAGUGCAACACGUGUGUUGGGACAUCAGCACGCAAGAAAUUCUUCAAAAGGAGAAAUAAGGUUAGAACUUGCUCAAAACAGUCAGCCCCACCCAGUUCUGCAUUCUCUUUACAAGGUCUAUCUCCUGAUUUCCUUCAUUGCCCUUCUCAACAUCUUCUAGGCAGAAUAGUUUGAUGCUAUACAGAAGUGGUUGAUGCUGGUAGCUUCUACGUGACUCAUUUGACAAAAAAAGACAAAUUAAGACUUCUGUAUACUCUGGCUGUUAAUACACAUCCAAUAAUUUUGCAGAUAUUUCCUGGAGCAGAAGGGUGACCAUUUACAAAAUAUCUUGGUUCAUGUGGUCGAUUAUUUGUGAGCACGAGUACACCACCACUCUCAUCUUUCAACAAUAUUACUCUUGCUGCGGCUGCAGACCUGGUCUAUCAACUCAAAUCAAUCAAAUCCUUCAUUUUUUGAGCAACAAUGACUUUAUUUUACUUUACUCAUGUCGGCGUGAACACAUUUGGCACUUUUAGUGAUGGGUGAUUAUUCAUAAGGGAUGCCAGUAGACUAGGGAUUAUUAACAAACAACAAGCGUGGAGAGUUCGCCAAGUAGCCGCCUUGCAGAUCUGGUCAGGCGAAAUACAACAUCUUUCGUCCCAGGAAGUGGAGACCGCCCUAGUAGAGUGGACAUGGAUCCCCACAGGAGCAGGUUGGCCAGCUACAGAAUAUGCCAAGUUGGUGGUCGCAACAAUCCACUUAGAGAUGGAAGACUUGCAGACGCUGACACCCCUGUUGGGCCCCGAAGAAGCCACAAUCGAGAGGACUGACGCAGGGGCACCGUUCCAAAUAGAUGGUGAGGAAUCUCUUCAGAUCGAGAGUGUGGAGAGCUUCUUCCUCAGCUGA